UAACGGCACUAAAAUCGCAUCGUCCCGAUUUUCCAUUCCGUGUUUUCCGAAGCCAUAUUUCAUCUUGGUAUCCUUCUUUGGAUAACGUCUUUCGUGAUGUUACAUAUGUAUGUACGUACAUACAUACAAUGGAGUAUCUGUCAAAUAAUAUAUUGUUUAUAUUGACUUGGAGUUUCGCAAUUUCAUCGACUACUGCGCAUUACUGCGUAUGGGGUUUGUGUGAAUCAUCAGAGUAUUGCUGUGACGAAAAUGUAUGCUGCAGUUACAAAGACUAUGAUAUAUGGAUUACUAUGAUAAUUAUAGCUGGAGUUGUAAUUGGAAUGAUACUGGCUGGUACAUGUCUCUACUACAAUUUAUGUCGCAUCUAUGUUUAUCUACAACGUAGAUACUAUGGCAAUUCUGUGUCGAUGCCAUCAGAAUUUGAUUCUGAUGGAAAAUCAAUAAAAAUAUCAUUUCACGAGUAAAUAAAACAAAUGCUUUUUCAUUAGACUAAAUGUAUGAUAUCUCAUCUUUAAGUAUAAACAAUUAGAUGAAAUAUAUC